AUGACCUCCGAAAUCCUCCCAAAAAUGCGAGCCUGGUCCUACCAAACCCGGGGCCCCAUAUCCACCGUCCUACACCACACAGACAACUUCCCCACACCAAACCCCUCAACGCUCCCCCCAAAUGAAGUCCUAAUCAAAGUAGCCUACAGCGGCCUCACCCCCAGCGCCAGCGCAAUGAUCCCCAUGCUCCCAACAUGGAUCUACAAAGACGGCACCGCCAUCCCCGAGCUGGAAUUCUCCGGCACAAUCGCCGCGCUGGGAAGUAAGGUGCUUGCGUCUCGACCAGAGCUCCAGCUCGGUACUCCCGUUUUCGGAGUCACGUCCAUCCCCGUCAUGUUAAGGCGUGGUCUCGGUACGUUGGCUGAGUAUUGCCCUUGUCCGGCGGAGCGGCUGAGCGUUGUGCCCGCCGGCAUGGACCUGGAACAUGCGGCGGCGCUGGGCGGGAAUGGAGUCACGGCUGUGCAGGUUGUUGAUGCUGCCAUGCUUAAGAAGGGGCAGAAGGUCUUCGUUAAUGGGGGGAGUGGGGGCACGGGAUCAAUGAUUGUCCAGGUUGCGAGGGAGAGAGUUGGGGAGAACGGGGUUGUUGUUUCGAGUUGUUCAGAGGCGAACGUUGACUUGGUUAAAUCGCUAGGGGCUGAUGAGGUUAUUGACUACCGGCGACAUGAUCCGCUGCAUGAAUACCUAUCCAGCGAGCAUUCCGAGACUCGUUUCGAUGCUAUCAUAGACACGAUAGGUAUUCAAGAGCUUUAUACCAGUUCUCCUCGCUACCUGCGCGAGGGAGGCCGGUUUGUUAAUAUCGGUGCUAUGCAGGUUCAGUCGGCUACUGGGAGUUUGCUGAGCUUUGCCUGGGCGAUGUUUUUGAAUUUGCUUUGGCCGGCUUGGUUGGGCGGUACGCCUCGGUCCUAUACGAUGAUCAGUGGGACGCCUGGGGUGGAGGUCAUGAUUCGGCUGAAGAAGUUGGUCCAAGAUGGAGUUUUGACGCCUGUUAUUGACUCGACGUGGGAGAUGGCAGAUGCAAUGAAGGCAUACGAAAGGCUUCAUUCCCAGCGAGCAAAAGGCAAGGUAAUUGUCAAGAUUAAUAAGUAG